AUGACGAAUUCCACGACGACGACAAAAACGACUCCGCCGUUCGCGUCGACGAGGCGAGUCAAAGCAGCCGCUCAAAAGUGGGCGAAAAACACAACGGCGGCACCUUCGUGGAAGAGGAGUAAUCCAUUAACGACGACGACGACGCGCGCGAGAGCGAAUGCCUUUGAAAUGGGCGUAACGAGUGGUUUGAAAAGAGCAUCCAAUUUUCGAUUAAACGCCGUGGACACGGAAGCACCUUCGUCGUCGUCGUCGUCGAACAAAAUUGAAACGCCGUUCGGGACGAUUGAUUUACCGCAGUUGCCAGAGUUACCGAAACUUGAGCUGCCAAAUGCGUCUUCUUCCUCUUCCUCUUCUUCGCCUUCUUCUUCUUCGCAACAACAAGACGCCAUCGCGCAAAUCGCGCGACAGUUUGCGAAAACCAUGGAAGAUUCCAUCCCGAAAGACGUUCAAAAGAACGUCUUCAGAGCGCAAUAUACCGCCGCUGUAUCGGCGCGAUUCUUGUUCUUUUUAACGAACGGGGUUGUCGCUUCCAGAGGCGGGUCUCGAGCGGACGUGGACGGCGUCGGCGUGGCGAGCGCCGUGGCGAAGAUUUUGUUGGAAGAAAAUAACAUCGACACGAAACCAUUUGAAGAUACGAUUCGACCAAUGGUCAGAGCUGCGGAUGCAAACUUAACCACAGCCGGUAACUCCCCGGAAAAAGAAUCCGAAGGCAUGACGGAAGAAGCGGCGAGAGACGUUUCUGCGUUUCUCGAGGCGCACAUGUCCGCUAUUUUGAGCGUGUUCAGAGAAGAAAUGGAACUCAUCGAAAACGAAGAGUACAAGUUUCCGUACGAUAUGAACCCGGUUACCGCGCCGUCCUACCAAACGAACUUAUUGCAAGUGUUGAGAAUUUCCAGAGACAACAUUCGCGAUCAACAACAAAAAGUGCAACCGAGAAGGCAACGCAAAGACGGCGGGCAAGAUCUUUUGAGCACGUUUGAAAUCGACGAGAAAAGGUACCCGAAGUACUACGCGCAAAACUUCCACUACCAGACCGACGGGUGGUUGUCCAACGAGUCCGCGAGAUUGUACGAUUUCCAAGUCGAGACUUUGUUUUUAGGCUCCGCGGAUGCCAUGAGACGACGAUGCUUGCCGCACUUAAACAAGUACUUGAAGUCGCAAAGGAAAAACGCAAAGUUGUUGGACGUGGCCACGGGCACCGGGCGAUUCCUCACGUUUGUCAGAGAUAACAACCCGGAAUUGGAGUGCACGGCGCAAGAUUUGAGUCCGUUUUAUUUAGCAAAAACGAGAGACAACCACAAAGCGUUCGACAAGAACGGCGGCAAGUUGACGCUUUUAGAAGCCAACGCGGAAGAUAUGAGCACUCUUGAGGACGGCUCGUUCGAUGCGGUCACGUGCGUGUACUUGUUCCACGAAUUGCCGCCAGAGGCGCAAAAGAACGUCGUCAAAGAAAUGUCGAGAGUUUUGAAACCGGGUGGUAAGUUGUUCUUCGUCGACUCGGCGCAAAGAGGCGACGGGAAGAGAAUGAACAUGGAAAAAGAAAUCGACCAAGCGUUGGAGAACUUUCCAGUUUUUAGCCACGAACCGUACUACCGCGCGUAUUCCGAGUUGGACUUGAAGAACUUGUUUAAAGAAGUUGGCGGGUUAGACUGUGAAGCCGAAGAGUUGGCGUGGGUUUCAAAGACUUUCGUGUUCCAAAAGCCCGGCGGAGAUGAAAGCUCGGCGAUGAACGGCGCGAGCGUCACGGAGUUGAGAGACGACGACGAGGAUGUCGACGAGAGCGUCUUAGCCGCGGCGAACGAGUUGAAAGCCGAGAUGAGAAACUCAACCGUCGCCCCAGUCGUUGAAGAAAUAGAGCAGAAACCAGCGGUGGAGGAAAUCACCUGGGCCGGCGAGGCGUCAACCAAGGAAAUUUUUGAACAAGUCACUCCGGAGGUCAUUGAAGAAAAAGAGGAUGAACAAAACUAA